AUGCCGGAAAUGCCCAAAUCUGUGCCGUUGCAAGACUAUUUUUUGCGCUAUCGGGGCGCCCAAUCGGACAGUGUGCCGACAAAACCGAACGAGCAUGCGAUCGCACCCACAUUGAACAGCUAUGUGCUGGACAACUUGACUCCGAACACGACCUAUCACAUCUCGCUGGCCGCACGAACUAGCUACGGAGUCGGAGUCGCAGCGCAGAUCAAAGUUCGCACAGAAAGCAACGAUUUGAACGACCGACCGACCGACCGACGAACCGCAUCAGGUGCAUAUCGUGAUUCAUCCUGUGACCACUAA